UUCACCCAAGGACUACGCUUGGUUCAAAGGCAAAAACCCUCUUGUUGGCUUAAAGUCGAUGAGGUUGUUGAUGUCGCCGAUAUAGAGAGAAACAAAACCCUUCUCAACUCCCCUACUUCUUCAAAACCCAUAACCCACCACCAAUCUUCUUCGGAUUCUUGCUUUUUCUUCAUCUUCAACAACCCCACUUCAUGGAUAAUCUAGCCCUUUACACUUCUUCUCACAAACCCAUUUUGGGUUCUACCACAAACCCUCGAACCGAUUCUAUAAUCUCCACCAAACCCUCCUUCUGUUUGUUCAAAAUCCCCAAAUCAAGAACCUCAAUUUCGGCUCUGUCUCGCCGUCAAGAUUCAACCCCACAAAGAGUUAUCAAAUCAGAUGAUUGGUUUGCUAGAAUUUCAUCUUCAAGUAAUCAGCAUACUUCAUCAGUUGGUGCAGCCCCACAGAUUGCAGUGCCACCCCCAUCUUCUCAAGUAGGGUCUCCUUUGUUUUGGGUGGGAGUUGGCGUUGCAUUCUCUGCAGCUUUCUCAUGGACGGCUUCAUACUUAAAGCAAAAAGCUAUGCAACAAGCCUUUAAGACCAUGAUGGGCACGCAAAACAACCAGUUUGCUAAUGCUGGCUUUUCACCGGGAUCACCUUUUCCGUUUCCGCCACCUGCCGCACCAGGCACGACACCUGGAUCCCCUUUUCCUUUUCCACCAUCCCCAGCACCUGCCACGUCAGCACCACGCCCAGCUGCCACAUCAGCACCGGCUUCCCAACGCACAGUGACUGUAGAUGUACCUCCUACUAAAACCGAGGCACCCCCUGCACCUGCAUAUUCUGAAGAUGAGUUCGAACCACUCAAGGAGCCGAAGAAAUCUGCUUUCAUUGAUGUGUCUCCGGAGGAAACAUUGAAAACAAGUUUCGAAAAGCUUGAAGAAUCCACCGACACUGAAUCCCCAAAAGAUUCCCAAUUUCCAAAUCAAGCUUCGCAAAAUGGGUCUGCUUUUAAACCAAUGGAUAGUUCGUUUGAGGGGGCUUCAUCCACAGGCACAAAAGGACCUGCUAUGUCUGUGGAAGCUUUGGAGAAGAUGAUGGAGGAUCCGACUGUACAAAAGAUGGUCUACCCCUAUCUUCCGGAAGAGAUGAGGAACCCUACCUCCUUCAAAUGGAUGCUCCAAAACCCACAAUACCGUCAACAAUUGCAGGAUAUGCUGAAUAACAUGGGGGGAAGCCCCGAAUGGGACAGUCGUAUGAUGGACUCGUUGAAAAAUUUUGAUAUUAGCAGUCCCGAGGUCAAGGAACAAUUUGAUCAAAUCGGACUUACCCCGGAAGAAGUGAUAUCUAAAAUCAUGGCGAAUCCCGAUGUUGCGUUGGCCUUUCAAAAUCCUAGAGUUCAAGCAGCCAUCAUGGAUUGCUCUCAGAACCCUAUGAGCAUCAUCAAGUACCAAAAUGACAAAGAGGUUAUGGAUGUGUUCAAUAAGAUAUCAGAACUCUUUCCCGGGGUGACGGGUGCACCUUGAUCAUGUUUUAAGUUAAUUUUUGCGACUAGUUAGGGUGUUUUUUGUCUUUUUGCAACUUAGUAAGCGUAAAGCUGCUGAAGAAAAUCAUCAUAGCCAUAGUUGAUCAUAUGAGUUUGGCCUCAGGAGACUGUAAUUUUGCUAUUAAUCUAUUCGGGUUUGCCUAACUUGGUGUUUUUUUUGUAAAAAUUGUUUAACCCGUUAUUCUUGGUGUUUUGAUGUUUAAGAUGCACUUGCUCAAAACAAUAUGUUUAUUAAGAGGAAAGCAACCUUUUUCUUGCA